GACAUGCCACCAUGCCUACCUCACGACCCAGGUCACCGAUGGGUAACAUUGGACGAGAGUCUCGAAUGCUGGCUCUCUCUUUCAUCUACAAGAAACCCUGGUGUAAAUUCUUUGGCCAACCUGAGGCAGAACCCAACAACGUUGAGGGUGGCCAGACUGCCCUCAUGUGUGCAGCCCAAGUGGGAAAUCUAGAACUGGUACAAGAACUCCUACUCAAGGGUGCUGACGUCAAGGCCAUGGAUGAGGACAAGUGGACACCGCUGAUCUUUGCGGCCAGGGAGGGUCACCUGGACAUUGCCAAGGCUCUCCUGGACAAAGGGGCUGAAGUGGACCAUGCAGAUGUGAAUGGAUGGACGCCUCUGAUGUGGGCCAGUUAUAAAGGUCAUACGGAUGUCUGCGUGGAACUCUUAGAACGCAAGGGCAACCCCAACGUGCAAGCCCAUCAUGGUGUAACUCCGAUCAUUUGGGCAGCAGGACGUGGUCACAGUGGAGUGGUAGCGGCUCUUCUUACUUCGGGGGCAAAGGUCAAUUCUGCUGACAAGUAUGGUACAUCUGGUUUGGUAUGGGCGGCCAGGAAAGGCCACACGGAUUGUGCUAGACUUCUCUUAGAGCAUGGUGCUAAUGUUGAUAUGGCAGGCAUGAAUUCCUGGACAGCCCUGUUGGUGUCAGCAAGAGGAGGGUACAUGGAUGUGGUCCGAAUGCUGUUAGAAAGACACCCUAACAUCAACGCUGUGGAUAAGGAUGGGUUGACGAGCUUGUGCUGCGCUGCCAUGGAAGGUCACACAGAGGUCACUGAACUGUUGCUGAAUUCAGGAGCCUACGUCAAUAUACAAGACAAGCACGACGACACAGUCCUGAUACAUGCCGUCAAAGGAGGUCAGACGGAGGUCGUCAAGUUACUUCUCAAGAAGUUUGCCGAUGUGGACAUACAGGGUGAUGAUAAGAAGACGGCUUUAUACUGGUCAGCUGAGAAGGGACAUGUAGACAUCUUAGAAGCAAUCUUAGAUAGCAAUCCAAACACAGAAUUAGCAGCUAAGGAUGGGGAAACCCCUUUAUUGAAGGCGACGAGAAAUCGAAACCGAGAAGUGGUGCGAGCGUUGCUUGAUAAAGGAGCUAAAGUAUCCGCCACCGACAAGAGAAUGGACACCCCACUCCAUAUAGCAAUCCGAUUCAGGGAUAAGAAGAUCUCUGAACUACUUCUAAGAAACCCUAAAGACGGUAGGCUACUGUACAAGCCUAACAAGGAAGGGGAAACCCCUUACAAUAUUGAUUGCAAUCAUCAAAAGGGUAUCCUAACACAGAUCUUUGGUGCUAGGAGUUUCAGCCCAGGUGACGAGGUUGAGAACGAGUUAAGUGAUCUGUGUAGCAGUUCUUUAGCUGAUAUCCUCAGCGAACCCACCCUUCUGCCACCCGUCACAGUAGGUCUGUAUGCACGCUGGGGCAGCGGCAAGUCUUUCAUCCUCAAAAAGCUGCAAGAUGAGAUGUAUCAGUUUGCUCGUCAGGACUACCAGCCCAUCUUUCGUUUCACCUGCUGGGUCUUUGUCCUCUGCACCCUGAUAGGUCUAGCCCUGGGAACCAUAGUCCUCUUCAUUCCCUUCAUGGCGGAGGACUUCAGCUUCAAGAGUACCCUCUGUCAAGCCGGUGGUGUCGCACUGGGAGUCUUUCUUUUAUUGUAUAUUAUCUUAGCUCUAGUGUAUUUUGGUCAUCGUCACAAAUGGAGGGGAUCAGGGAAAAUGAGCGAAUGGCUCGCAAGGCAGGCCAACUACUUUCGCCUCGUGAUGGCGCUAUGCUACUGUAAUCCACCUGUCUCUUCGGACAGGACAGCCAAAGUCUUGCCAGUUAGGUUUAUAUUUGGAGAUCACCUCCACCUGAGCAAUCUAGGGAGCGACGCCCCUCUGGCACGCACCAUUGGUAGCCUAGGGGUGUCGUUAGAGAAGGAGCUUGGGAGUCUGGUUUCCAGGCUCUAUAGGGUGGUCCAAUCAAGACCGGUAAAUGGUAAAUCACAUUGGAAGAGGUACUGCUGCAUUCCCAGAUUCAUAGUGACAUUAAUAGUUAUAGGAUGUUUCAUAACAGGACUUGUGCUUCUAGUGUAUGAUAAAACCAGGGCAGAACCUGUCAAGGCAGUCACCAAGGACAAGAUCACGCUCUACGUCUUGGCGAGCGUUGUGGCAUUAUCAGCUCUGGCCAACCUCUGGAACUUUAUCCAGUUUGUCUACCAGAUGGUAUACCCGCCUAGGAUGAGGAUGGAGCGGAAGGCGCGGCAGGCUGGGCAUUUGAAACCGGAUGCUUUCCUGCGAAGCCUCAAGCAGGAGGUGACGACUCUGACCAACAUGACCCAGUGCAUGGAUGCCUUCCAAGGUGUCCAGACGCGGAUGGUGGUCGUUGUCGACGGGUUGGACAGCUGCGAGCAGGAGCAGAUCUUGAACAUCCUAGACUCCAUCAAGGCGCUGUUCUCCUCCCCGUACUCCCCCUACAUCACGAUCCUAGCCGUCGAUCCCUACAUCAUCACCAAGGCCAUCGAUCAGAACCUUCAUAAUGUCUUCAAGGAGUCCAACGUGCGGGGGCAUGACUACCUUCGCAACCUGGUCCAUCUACCCUUCUACCUGGAGGUGGGUGUUCGUCUCAAGGACAGCGCGGAGAUGCCACUGGCCAACCAUGUCUCUCCCUCUACCUCAAGGACGGAGAUGACGAUAGUAACGACCAUCCCAGGGGAUUCCCCUCCACGGUACGGCAGCCCUGAUGCCAUGAACGCACCGCUCCUCCAGAGGCAACGGUCUACCACCAAAGAUCUCUCACAGAUGCUGUCCUCAGAUGAACAGUUCAGCGACCUCAGUCCUCGUAGUAUGAGAAGGUUGCUCAAUAUUGUUUCAAUCACAGGUCGUCUUCUGCGUGCCAACAACAUCUCCUUCAAGUGGCAGACCUUGGCGCACUGGAUCAACCUGACCGAGCGAUGGCCGUACCGGAUCUCUCGUCUCAUCGUCUACUACCAGGAGAACGAAGAGCACAUCGAGGACGAUGUUAGUCUUAAGGUCGUCACUGACAGGAUCAGCGACGACCUUCUGACCCUCCACGAGUCGGACCCCCUAGCCGACUUGGACCAAGAUGGACGUAGCUUUAUGGUUUGUCUUGCCAGGCAUACCCCUCAACUUACCUGCGGUGACCUCAGAAACUUCCUCUCGUGUACCUGUAACCUGGAUCCACAGCUUAGGAAACAGAUCAGAGACUCCAUUGAGACGACGGAUUCUGCAGGUAGCCAUCCCAACAUGAGCAGCCUGGUCAGACCACAAAGCUUCGCCCAUAGCUUCCCCGCCCAACCCAUCGCAUCCAGAGCAUCCCUCUACUCCUCCAUCAGUGAUACCCCAUCACGUCUUAACUACCAGAUGAUGGCUUCCAACCCUUUCAUGAAGAAGAUCCUCCAAAGUCCUGCAUCCACCCCUCAACCAGGGAUUCUCACUGUCAAGGACGUUUGCGAUAGAUUACUCAGUCUGGACGGCAUCGACAAACAUUCGAUCCCCCGUUACCAGACUCGCAUAGCAGAACACCACAUCAAUGGCCACGUCCUGUUACAGUGUGAGCUCGACGAACUCAAGACAGUCUUGGACAUGACGUUCGGUGAUUGGCAACUCUUCAAGUCCAUGGUGAUGCAAAUGAGGGGUAUGGCCAUGAGCGCCGCCGCCACCCCACACAGCCCCAGUCAGGCCAGCAGCGACCCUCUGGUAGAUGGAGAGGAGGAGCCAGAGGAGAAGCCGGAAGAGCCAGUCGAUCCGGCCAACGACUAUCUCAACCUGAGCUAUGAAGAGCUGCGGAAGAACUCGCAGAUGUCGUCGCAACGGUCGUCCAUUCAUAACUCGCGUCUGUCCCUGGGCACGCUAAGAAGCGAAUCCUCUCACCCAGAGACGUCCAGUGGUGAGAACACACCAGCGAGGAAGCGCGCAAGUGGGCAACCCAAGUACUCCACGUCCACGAGCCUCGCCGGUAUGUUGGUCAGCAUGGAUAGUGGCAUUGAACAAAGCAAUAAAAAUAUUCAGGAUGGUGCUCAGCAGAUUGUAGGUGCUAGUGUGAACAAUACCACCGUGACAACCACACCGGCUAAAAACACUCGGGUUGUCCCAGUGACGACCACCUCAAAAUCAACGGCUAGCGUUGGGACUAGCACGGGGCUGACGACGGUUGCUGCUGUUCAUCCAAACAGCAACGGAAAGAAACCUAGUGAUGGAGGAGCAGAGAAAGAUACAAGUAGCAGUACAUCAUCAGAGAGUAGUACUGAUAUCACAGCACUAAGAAGAGACAGCAGAGGAGACAUCUCAGAGGAUGAACCUACUCUGACACCGGAGGAUGGCAAACUAGAGACAAGGACUACAUCUUUGUUAAGUAGUGGUGGUGAUAAAGCUAAGCAUAAAAUAGAGAGGCAGAUACAGGAAGAGGAGGAUGAGGAGGAAGAGGACAAGGAAAGCUCACCUUUAUUGCAAAUAAAAGAGCCCAUAGACAUCAAAGCAAAGAGCAAAGUCAAGGAAAAAUUGUCGAACGGCAGUGUGAAUGAGAUGGAAGCGAUGCUGACAGAGAGCAGUGAGAGUCCGCUGCACCUGUCUGGCUUAGUAUCAGGUGAAGAGACAAGUAGUAGUGAGCAGGGCUCACGACCGGUUGAACAGGAUGAUCGCAAUCAAAUUAGUCCCACCCUUAAAGAACAGGUCACAAGAGAUGUCAAUAAAAUGUUUGAGAACUUGCAGACAGAAAUCACAAGUCGUUCCAAGGAAGGCCAGUCCACCGUUAUUACAAGUCCCACAACAGGACGGAUACGCGUCCUACGCGCUCCCAUCAAAGUGGAGCAACAAACGCAUGAUUUAUCGUUGCUUGCUAGUUAUUCCACCUUCAUACCACCGGUACGCGAGUUAGACAGUGUGCCUGAGUCGCAUGUGGCGAGUUCCACGUCGGUGUCGUCCAUCGGGAAGCAGCGACGCGUCACUGGAGGGAGCCCUAUCAAACAUUCACAAUCCGUGGGGGCCAUUCCUGCCCCUUCACCGUCCAUCACCAGUCAGGAAUCCUACAGCCGCUUCUCCGAAACGGGAGCCGGUCUCCACGAGAACAAGCGGACUCUAGACCAAAGCUUUGACGAGUUCAUCAAGCUCUCGCUGGGCGAGCAGCGCAAGAAGCGUCAUCAGAUCCACACGCAGCUCUCGUUUGAAAGCGAGCGAAAGCCGGGGAGAGGUGGUGGGCAGCGCCAGAUGAACCAGAGCGAGCUGAUCAGGAGAUCGGCACCCAUGUUACUCAACCCCAUGGGACGAUCUCCCGAACAUAGCAUCGACAUUGAUGAUGAAGCCACCCCAGCCCAGGAGAAACAGAAGUCUGUGGAUGACGGUCACUCGGUUGUUUGAUAAAGCGCCCUCUUUGUGUGAUUAUAUGUAGUGUUGGUAGUACUGCUCGUAGAGUGUAACUUAAUCUUGCCAAAGUACAUUCAGGCUUUACCCAAGAUUCAAGACUAAUUGUGAUAUGUUGACAUAUUAAUUGAUCAGACUGAUUAUAUUGUAUUAUCUGAUAGGUAGUAGAUCUUAUUUGAAGCGUGAAAUUAUUCAUGGAAAGCUUAUAUAUAUUUAAAUUAUAUAUAUAUUUGAGAAUGAUGUGAUGUCUCUUCUUUUCUAGCAUUGAUGCAAAUGGUUGCGUUUUUCAAAGUUUGCUGUGCAAAAAAUAACUUUCGACAGGAUGGCAUUGAUGCUAGCAUCUUUCAUGAUUAGAUGUGGAAAGAAUUUCAGAGGAGAAUAAAUAUCAAAUGAAUAUCUUUUAUGGGUACUAUUAAAUAAGUUUUGUGACAAAUGAUAUGAACUUUAAUAAUGUGAUGUCUGUAAUUUUUUCAUGAUGGUUCUGAAGCUAUAUUUAAUAAAUUUUUGCUAUGUAUUGAAUAACAUUAUUCAUUUUAAAUAUGAAGAGGAGAUGAUCUAAUUAUUAGUUUUAUAUUUGUGUCAUAGAAUUAGUAUAAACUAUCUAAGUAAUGCAAGGAUCCUAAAAAUUCUUAUAUCAGUGUUAGAUAAAUCGUGAUACAACUAUUUAAUCCAUACUUUUUGUAUUUUGUUAUGCUUUCUUUACGCAAAUCUCCACAAAUUUGCAAUGUAAAUCUUUUUCGACCCCAAGUAAAAAAAUUCCAUAAAUAUUAGUGUCGUCAAUAUUUUAAACUUCAAAUUUAAAUAGAACGGUAAUUCUAUUUGAAAUGCAACUAGGGGCAAAAGUUUAACAUGUUCAAGAUUUUACUGUAAAGAAAACUGAGUGUGAGGUGUCUGUUGCUAGUAUAUUUAUUUUUUCCAUUUAUUUUAUUGAUUGAUUGAUUAAAUUAAUGAUUGCACAAAUGCGUGUUGAUUUAUCCCCCUUACAUCAGUCAGUAUUUAAUAUGUUCCAGUAAGAAUGCUUAACAAAAGGUACACAUAGAACUGGAAAGAAACCUGGGCAUUUAAAGAAACAAAGAGUUGCAAUAAUAAGGAAAUAUACUGUGUUGAAUAUAAACAUAGCCCUAAUAGCCCUAAUAGUCAUUUGUGAGAAAUCCCAAUGGAACAGUUAUGGCAGGAAUAUGAUGGGAGAUGAGAUGUUGCUUCUUACUUACUUUUUGCUACUUAGCGGCAUUAUGGAAUUAUAACUAUCUUGCUUUUCAUCAAAUCCUUUAACAUUUCUGACAAGUUGAUUUGGUUGCUUAUCUAAAUUAUGCAUGGGCUUUAGUACUAUUGUAUUAUGUUAAUCAGUGUUUAUGAGUGCAUUCAUUGACUGUACGAGAACCUUGUGGUCCAUCGGGCAGAGAGUAUUCAAUUUUUAACAGUGUUCCAUUCUUGAUGUGUUUCUACUGUGCUCCCUGUUUCCCAGUCUUCCCAUGUAGAAUUAGAUUGAAAAUGAAUUUCCCAUACAAAUAAAUUUGGUUCCUUUCGACUUUUGGAUUCAAUUUGAAGGUUUAGAUAGUACUUCUGGUUCAGUUCUUCCCAGUAAUAAAACAUCAUAAUCAAGUAAAUCUACAAUAGUAAUGAAAUACAAUUUAUUAUUGUACUUGUUAAUGAAGUUGAACUGACAAUUCAUUUAUUACAAGGGUUUUGAAGAAAAAGAAAGGUGCCAUGUUUGUCCAUCUUCCUAAAGAGAUGUAUGAAUUGAAGAUACAAAGUGUGGAAUCUCCUUUUCAUCAUAGUUCCAUUCUGAGUUUGUCAUUUCCGCUCAUGUAUCUUCUGGAAAUGUAAUAUAUUUUUCUUCAUCAAUAAAUAACAGUAUUUCUAGCUUGAUUAAAUGGUCAUAUAGAUUAUGUGAAAACCAUGAAAUACCAAAGAGAAACUUGGGAUGCCCCAAAAUCCUCAUUUUCAAUCAUAUUUCAGUUUAACAGUGAAAAGAAAGUCAUAAAUUUUGCUAGUUCGAUCUCACAAACAACAACCUUCUUUAUAGAAAACAAAAGACAUGCAUUAGGAAUACCGCUAUAUGAAAUUUAUUUUUGAAGGGUGUAUGAACUUAAGUUGAUGCUUUCCAGUAGGCCGGUACCCAUUUGAGAAGAUGAGUUGAAUUGAAUGUUAUACAUCUGAUUAAUAACGAGCGCAUUCAAUCUACAAAUUUUAUAUUUCAAAAUUCCUUUGGUGUUUAAUUUUGGAUUUUCAAUCAGAGAUAUCACACACAACACUAUGGAUUGAUUGUGCAUGUCAAUUCUAUGGUAUUUUUAAAGUUGCAUAGAUAUUCAUUUUUGAAAUAGUUUUAGAGGACUGACAAAUGUAUUCAGAGUGAUGAAUAUAUCUUUUCCCUGAGUGCCUAGUCAUAUUCAUUCCUACCUAGCUAGAUGAUAUGUCAGGUAAACCUUGUACAAAGUGAUAUGUCAAGUCUACCUUAUACAAGGUGAUUUGUCAGGUAAAAUUUAUUUAAGGUGAUAUGUCAACUAGAGUUUUAAUUUGAAGCAAGCAAAGAUUUUCAAUACAUUUGACGAUCAGGGCUCAGUUUAAUAAACGAUUGUGAUUGAUUCGUAUCGAUCGUAACUUCAUACCAAUGGCAACUCUCUACUAAUGAUGAAGUUUUAUGUUAUUUUGCGAUUACUUUGAGGGCUUGAGAUUAAUCCAGAUCAAUCGCAACUCUUCAUAGGCCAGUACCCUUGGCAUGUCCAUGCACACUAUUCAUUGCAUGAUUUUAUUAUUAGUCUACCAAUUCUAAUUUUAAGGUCAUACCUACUUAAGCUGAUUUUAACCCCAUUUCAUUUUCUUGGCCGUCUCAUCAACUUUCAAAGUGUCAGAUGAACGGUGAACAUUGAAAUACAUGUAUUCAAUAUGAAGGUCAUGCAUGCCCAAAAUAUUUUUUUUCAUCGUAUAUGCCGACAGAUUUUAUUUACGCAUCCUACAUUUGCGAUUUUUUUUUUUGGGGGGAGGGGCAGGUAAAAUUUGUCUUUGUGCGCCCAUAGCAUGUGUUUGUAUUGUCUCUGGUUAAGAUUCCAAAAAUAUGUUGCUAAAUUUUGUAUCACUAGAAAUUUAUAACCAAGUACAUAGAUAGAUAGAUAGAUAUACCUGUACAACCCUUUACAACUUCAUGAAUAUUGAAUUAUUAAUUGCAUCUUAUUACAUUUGUGUGUGAGCAUGCAUGAGAACCCAUUACUGAAUAUUCCUAGCCCAUUUGACGUAAGAAAGUAUAACUUAUUGCAAUUUUGCCUUGUGUGUGACUUGGAUGGGGAUGAAAAUGCAAGGGGCUAUUUUAGAGUGGCUUAGAUCAUAAUUAUUAAUUCUGUUGAUAUAUUGAUCUCUAGUAGUCAUAAUCUGAUAUUAAUAUCAAGUGCAAGAGAAUUAUGUGUUGACAUCUCCCCCAAGUUUACAUUAUGAAACACCAAAAUGCAAUAUGCCGGGGUUUAAUGUCUCCUCAUCACAAGUUAAAGAUUUGAAUGUAAAAUUGAAAGGGGAUGCGAUUGUAGUUUGUAACCACUAGAAUCAUAUCGUAUUGGUAUUGAAGGAGACCAAAUUCUUCCUUUCCUUUUCAUUUAGCUCAGUUUUUUUAUUUUGUUAAAUCAAGAGUUGUGUGCAAUUUGCCUAGUUUUUGUGGACAGCAGUUUGUUGUACGAAGAUGAAUUAUGACUUACUCUUUAUCGUUGUAUUUUAUGUUUCGUAUUUAUUUGUACAUUUUGAUUUGUCGAAAUUGGAAGAAAAGUGGAAACCUUUUUCUGUUUUGUUUUUCACCAGUACAAUUGUGCAUUUACUGAAAUAGAUGUUUUCUCCCUUUUUUUUAUACCGGCUAUCUCCCCCACAUCUUUUCACCCACGACGUAGGAUCCAUGGAAAGCAUUUUCAAGUUUUAAUUUCUCCGGUCUGUCCUUUGAAUAUGAUAGUUUAUGUAGUGAGAACACAAUGUACAGUAUUAACAGAUGAGAUGUGUGAACAGUUUCUUAGUGUAUGGUGUACCAAUCAGAAUUUUUAACCUCAUACCAUGUGUUGAAACUAUUUGAAAACCGAUGAUGAAAAAUAUAUACACCGCUUUCAUGGCGUGAAAGCAACUUUAAACAAA